UUUUAAAGUGAUGAUUUCUGUCUGCAGUAAAGACAUCAUGACACGACUCCUCACUUCCUCCCCCUCUCUGGACAUGAUGGCUGCCGUGGACCUUCCUGUUGUGUCUUAGAUAUUAAACAGUAACAGUUGUCUGUCUAUCCUGGUUGGUUCAUAGAAAUGUAAAUGUAUGACGUUAUACAGGCUUUUGUAAUGAUGCACUUUGGAUGUUAGAUUUCAUGUGAUACAGUAUGAGUGUGUGUGUGUGUGUGUGUGUGUGUGCGUGCGUGCGUGUAUAUAUAUAUAUGUUUUUUUUUGCAGGUCAUCACAGCAUACUUCAGUCAUCAGUCGUUUUUUAUUUCACCUCUCAGAUGUAAACUUCAUUUGUCGGUUAUCAGAAACACACUCUGUUGUUGUUUGCUUUAUUUCCCAUGAACCGUUGAUCAUGUGACCUCAGUCCCACCAAAGUUUUAUCACCUGACCAUGAACACUUAAAGUAACUGUUGACAGCAUUGCUUCCCCGUGUCCUGUGGGCUGGUUGUUUGUAUCUUGUUCAUCCUGUCCUGGUCUAAAAUGAUCAUGACUCCUGUCUGACAAACCUGAAGCUGAAGUGAGUAAUUUAGUAACACAGAUGAACUCUGAAGCAGAAACAGUUUCUCCCAUUAAAAAGUCAAUCUGGAAAUCUCAGUGUGCAGCUUUGCUCUGUGAAGUAUUCAAACCACAGCGAAAACAGAACAUAUACUAAUACACUGAAGAUAUCAGCUUCAGGGGCGUGGCCACAGGGGUGGCCAGAGAUGGAACUGCCCUCCUCAAUAACAAUAAUAAUAAUAAUAAUAAUAACAAUAAUAAUAAUAAUAAUAAUAAUAAUAAUAAUAAUAAUAAUAAUAAUAAUAAUAAUAAUAAUAAUAAUAAUAAUAAUAAUAAUAAUAAUAACAAUAAUAACAAUAAUAACAACAAUAAUAAUAACAAUAAUAAAAAUAAUAACAACAAUAAUAAUAACAAUAAUAAUAAUAAAGUUUAAGUUGUUUUGAAACAGGCCAAACCUUUCUUUGUGUUUAAAAACAUCUGUAUGAGAAUUGAACUCUCUGUAAGUUUCUUUAAAAUUAAGACUGAAAGCCGGUUCAGACUCACUCUGUGUUUAGGGGCUUCUGUUGGGGGGGCUGUGUUCCUCUGCGAAGACAAACACUGUGUUUGAAAUGUGCAGUUUCUCUGCGUAUGUGUAGCUGUUUUUGUUUCCCAGCCUGCUGUCGCUCUGAGGUGUGUGUGAGACGGACAAUCACGACAUCCAUGACUGUUGUGACAGAGAGCUCCUCACUCAUCUCCUGUGGUCGUGUCCUAUCUUCACCUGAGGAGUCAUUUCAGUCAAACCUGCGCUCUGCAGGGUUACCCUGUAAUAUAUCACAGUCUAAUGUAAGUGCAUGAUGAGGAGCUGAUGAGGAAGGACAGCAUCAGACUGAAGGGGCCGCCUGGUAAGGCAAGCCCAGAUGAUGAUGUCAAGGCUAUUAAGGCUCCUGAUUGGUUAACUGAAGACAUGCGAGUUAAUUGGAGGAACACCUUGGGAAGUUUUUUAAGGCCACACCUCAAACACUCAGUCAAGAAAUCAGGGAGAGAAUCGUGGAGCUCCACAGGUCUGGUUCAUCCUCACUGUGUUCAUCUGUGAAGUAUAAACACCACGGGACUCUCCAGCCAUCGCCCCGCCCAGGAAGGAGGCGGGGUCUGUGUCCCAGAGAUGAACGUGUUUUGGUCCGACAUGUAAAAAUCGAUCCCAGAACAAAAGCUGAAGACCUUGUGAAGAUGAAGGUUGAAGCUGCUCAGAAAGUGUCCACAGUAAAACGAGUCCUGAACGGUUACUCAGCAAGAAGGAAGCCGUGACUCCUCAGGAGACACAGAAAAGACAGAUUAUAGAUUACAGAAGACACCAAGACGAGGACCUGAACUCCUGGAGACAUGUCCUGUGGUCUGAUGAAACUGAAGUGGAGCUGUUUGACCAGAAUGACCACCGUUAGGUUUGGAGGAAAAAGGGGGACGCUUGUAGACCUGAAAACACCGUCCCAUCAUGUUAUGGGUCUGCUCUGCUGCAGCAGGAACUGGAGAUCUUCAUGACAUAGACGGCAUCAUGAAGAAAGAACAUGACCUGGAAAUAUUUAAGCAACAUCUCAAGACAUCAGCCUGGAGGAUAAAACUCGGGGGGCGUAAAUGGGUAAACGGACAAUGACCCUAAACAGCCUGACAAAACAGGUAAAGUGGACAACAAACAACAAAGUCCAUGUCCUGGAGCGUCCAUCACAAAGUCCUGAUCUGAAUCAGGGGCGGAUCUGAAAAGGCGUCUCUUAUUAUUGUGGCGUUUAGCAAAGUUAAAUAACUUUAGUAAUCCUAACUGACCUGAAACAGUGAACACAGAUUUAGUAAAUACAGUCAUGGAGACCCCGCCCCCCAGUUAGGCCAACCCAGUCUGUUAAUGAAGACCCCAGUUCUCGUAGAUCUGCACUGACAGUCUUGUUGUUGUUGAAGGACAUCAUCAUAUAUAUCAUCACAUAAAUCAUAUAAGUGAGUGAAGAGAAACUGAAACCACGAUCACACAGAAGAAGAAAAGGAUCUUUUUUUCAGAGUCCUUAAAUCACUGCUGACCCCUCUGAGUUCUUUAAGUUGUUUCCUGGUUUUAAACCAUCACUGUAGGUGUGUCUAUAAGAUCCUCAGAGACCUUUAAACCAUCAGAGAUAAUAAAGAAAGUUCAGAGCAGAGGUACAUCAUCGCUCCAGUCUGGACUGUGUUUGCAGCCGUCAGACUCAUUAAAUCUGAUUAUUAAUUUUAAUGUCUCUGAGCAGGGUCACAUGAUAGACUGAGGGAGUGAUGAGGACUCUGGUUUGAAACUGCAGUGAAAGCACACACACACACACACACACACACACACAUACACACACACACACACACUAUUUAAAGGCCUUGUGUUACAUUUUCUUUUUUAUUCUUUUGUAUUUUUCAUAAAACGUUUCAUAUCUGAUUGUUUUGUUGGAUUUUUAUGAAGCGUAAAACUUUGUGACUCACAUUCAAAACACGAAUAAAGAGAGAAACUGUGAUGGAGUCUGGUCACCUAAAGGUUAUUGGAGGUCAUGUCGACUGAUGGUCACAUGACUUAAUGUUUACUGUUGAGUUAGUUUAGGUUUAUUUCUCCACAGAGUCUUAAGUUUGAGUGUUAAAUCGAUUUACAUCAUCGAUUUAUCAUUAAUCAGGUUUGUGAGUUUAAAUUAACUACGAAGUUUUGAAAUAAUCAUGUAAAUCAAAUCUUAACAGAAUUUUUUAAGUUGAUGGAAAACAAAAUAAAACUGAUAUAUAUAGAUAUAUAUAUAUUUUUAUAUGACCUACAAACAGCACCGGGAUCCACAGCAGGGAGAAAGCUCUUAUUACACCUGUCUCAUUGUGUUUCCAUGAACUCUCUGCAGGAGGUUUCAGGAACUGUAAAUGUCCCUGUCACCUGUUGUUAAGGUUUAACAUCCAUGAUUUUCACCUGAACACCUUUAUUUUUGACCAAACCUGCAGACUGAUCCUCUCUCUGUCUCCGACGUCUUCCUGCUGUUCUCAGUGAAGUUUGAGCAGCUCUGCUGUAUUUCAGUCAUUCUGCUGUUUUGAGGUAUUUAUGCAGUAGAAAUGAAAAGAACAGGGUGGGGAAAAAGAGAGCAGGCCUGUAUUAGUUUGAGUUGUACAAGUUGACACAAGUUCAUAUUUUCCUGGAAUUUGUGGCACAGUGGUGUGCAGCAGCAGAGUCGGGCCAGCAGUUGUGUUUACGACAUGCAGAGGUAGGCCAAAGAGCGUGAACAUGCCAUGGGGCACUCACCUCCGUCUGUCUGCUCUGCUGUCGCUCCUUCAUCGUUUUCACUCUUCCUCUCUCCUCUGCAGGUUUUCAGGGUGAGGUUUCUGCACGGGCACAGCUAGAGAAAAUAGACAAGUGAGCAGAUAGAUUUAUUAGAGCAUUGGUAUAAAUGUGGUUGGCUGUCGACAUCUGUGUGCAUGUGGCUGCAUGUGUCUGUAUUUGCCAGUCAGUGAGAGAGUGUGUGUGUGUGUGUGUGUGUGUGUGUGUGUGUGUGUGUGUGUGUGUGUGUGUGUGUGUGGGAGUGCACAGCCUGGUUAAAGUGUGUGUGUAUUUUUCCAUGUGUCCCUUUGACAGAGAAAUAGUGCCUGAAGUAUGAAACAUCAUUCCCUGCUGGAGGUGAGCUCUGCCUCCACCUGUAAUGACUGCUAAGUGCACGUACACACACACAAACAGACCCACACACUGAGCAUUCAUGAAGGGUGCAGCAGGAAGUGGAUCCACAAUGUUAGACAAUCAUUUCUAAGCCAUGAAGAAGAAGUCCUGCUGGAGUCUCAGUGUUUCUUUUAUUCUCUGUAGGAAGACGAUAAUAAAAUGAGCCAAUAUUAAAAAAUGAGGAACAGGAGAGAAUAAAUAAAGAGAGAAGAAGAAGAUGAUAAAUAAUAUAAUGAGGCUGAGGUCUGGGUCCAGGUCGACGGCACAGACUGUCUCAGCUCCGACUAAAAUCACUUGUUUUUACUAUUUUAACUCAUUUUUAGACCCCACACUUUUAUUCAGCUCCUUUUUUAAAACAUAAAGUUUUCAGUCCUCGAGUUUGUGGAUCGCCAAAGUCCAGCGGAAAAAUCCAGAAGCCGUGUGGUCGAUCACACUAGUGAGGCGGCAAAUCUAAAACUUUUAAGGAUGAUGGCGGAGGGGGUCCUCCCCUCACCCCUCACCCCUGCACUCCCUCACUCCUCAACACCAACACUCCCACCACUCCCAGUAUAAAAACACUCACACCAUCAAAACCAUCAUUUCAUACAGAGAACUGAAACCAAGGACUGUUUCAGACCCCCCACUGUUUUUAAGACCCCCUCAUAUCGAAGGAUGAGUGCACGUUUGGCUGUGCUGACCGUGCGCUCAUCUUCAUCUCAACCUUCUAUCAUAAAUGAUUAAACUUUAUAAAAACUGCUCGACUGUAUCCUGCUACUGAGACAUGACCUUUACCUACUGUCCUCACUGAGGCCCAGGGUGGGCGAGAGAGGAGUUCAUAUACAUAUAUACAGAGAGAGAGAGAGAGAGAGAUGACCAAUCAAGAACGUAGGCCUGUGGAGGUGUGGCCUUAAAGAGACAGCAGCAUUUACACAGAGGCUGAAAUAACAACAUUCACCUCUGUGAGAAAUUUAAGCCUGUUUUUAUCUAUUAAAGAAGUUUCAGGAAGGAAACUCAGAGUCUGAAUAAAUGGUAUGAUCCCGUCUCUUUAACGGUCCAGAUGUCCUCAGGCCUGAUCUGAGGAUGACUCCUGAACAUGACAGGAUGAAGGUGAAAGUCCAGCUACAGCAGUUUUUAAAAGGCUUCUGGGUAAACUGAUUCAACCGCUGGAAGAGAUGGGAUCAUAACGAAAUAAGAAUAAGAAGAACUUUAUUGAUCCCUGAAGGAAAAUCUAAUGAUGGAUUUCCUCAAAGAACCUGCGAUCACUGAAAUAACUAAUAAUCAUAAAUAAUAAUAAAUAAUAAUAAUAACACUCGCUGUCCUGGAGACUCACAUGACCCACAUCAUCAUCAUCAUCGAUGUUGUGAGUGAAAAACCCUGAGAUGACCUGAUGGUGGACUCAUCCCCCUCUGCAUCCCCACUCCCAAAGUCUCUCUGUCUCUCUCCCUCUCUCUCUCUCUCUCUCUCUCUCAUUCUCUCUCUCUCUCUCCCGCUCUCUCUCUCUCCCUCUGUCCCUCUCUCCUCUCUCUCUCUCUCUCUCUCUCUCUCCCUCUCUCUCUCUCUCUCUCUCUCUCUCUCUCUCUCUCUCUCUCUCUCUCCCUCUCUCUCUCUCUCUCUCCUGUCAUGUCAUUCUUGUGAUGGUGUCAUUGAUCAAACUCUCUCUCAGACGCCUCCUCUCCUCUCUGUUGUCCGGGGUUAUGAAAACAUGUCCACCAGGAGACAGACGGGGGUCCUGCUGCCUGUUGUGGACGCUCCGUCUCAGUGUGGACGCUCCUUCUUUAGCACAGAGACAAUAAACACGUCUGUUUGUCCAACAACCUUCACGCAGGCCUUGAUGGGAAGCAGACGACCACUGAAGUGAGUGUGUGUGUGUGUGUGUGUGUGUGUGUGUGUGUGUGUGUGUGUGUGUGUGUGUGUGUGUGUGUGGGCAACCUGUGCAGAAACAAACCAAUGAACGAAUCUUCUCCUCCGUCUCUCUUUAUAACACACACACACACACACACACACACUGUAGUUUCAGACUCUUUACAGAGUUUUCUGUGAAAUAUUCCAGAAACAAACAGAGAUGUUUUUUUUUUUACCACUUUGACUUUAUAACACAAGAUGGCGCCCUUGCAGCAGAAAGCUGAUUUACUGUGACGCUCUGCUCUCAUUGUCCUCUGGACAGCAGGGACACAGAGAAGACGGACCGGGACAAUUAUCAGGUCUGAAGAGUAUAAAAGAGAGAAGCUGUCCAUCAUUCAGUCUCUCUUUCUGUACUUCAUAUCUCAAUCCUGCUGCCUCAGGUUGGUUUCUGCUCGUACCUUUGCAUUAGUGUUGAUCAGUAUUGAUCAGUAUUGAUCAGUGUUGAUCAGUAUUGAUCAGUGUUGAUAAGUAUUGAUCAGUGCCAAAGAGACUUUUAACCUUCGUGAUCCUCCGACUGCCCCUCAGUCACUCAGCUCCUCUGAGGUUCAGGUUUUAGAAACACAUUCUUGGAUCGGCUGUUCCUGCUACCUCACAUGCCUCUCUAGUUGAAUUACACACAAUAAUACACACUCUAGGAGCAAACACACACACACACACACACACACACACACACACACACACACGACAAUGAUUUGAGACAACAGUAGCAUGAAAACAUGUUGUAAUCAUCCCCAAUUAGAGAUACUCAGGAGUCAGUGAGGCGGGAAGGAAAGUGAGUUACUGAUCUCCUGAAACAAGUCUGCAUGAAAGCUGUGUGUGUGUGUGUGUGUGUGUGUGUGUGUGUGUGUGUGUGUGUGUGUGUGUGUGCGUGUGUCUGUGUGUGUGUGUGUGUGUGUGUGUUUUCAGCAUGCCUUCACAGUUACAGAGACUUUUUCUCCAACACACACACACUGAGACGCUCUUGUUGCCUGUUGUCCUGCCGGGACGGUUUUAUAGUUUUAUAGUUUUAAUGUAUAAACGUCCCCCUUUGGCCCCUUUGGCCCCUUUGGCCCCUUUAGCCCCUUUGGCCCCUUUGGCCCCUUUGGCCCCUUUGGCCCCUUUGGCCCCUUUGGCUCUGACAGGUGUUACAGGGUACAGGAGAGAGUUUAAGAGUGAUGGGGUCCCACAAAGAUCUUGUCCUGGGCUCAGAUCCAGGACACCACUGUCCCACACCUUAAACCAUCAAAACACCUCAUAAAAGUCUAAUUGCGUAAGACACUGAGUCCCUGUUGGCGUCCCGGGUCCAAAAACACUGAAUUAUGGGGGAGGGUGUGAAUAAAUAUGAUUUAGUGACCAUCUAUUCUAAAAAAAGUGAAUAAUUCAUGAAACAGAGACAUGAUGUUAUAAAUGGGAUCAAACCGUCUGUUUAUUUUUGACAUCUCUGAAAAUUCUGCUGUCAGUUUAUUCUCUAAAGGAACUAAAGGAACUAAAGGAACUUUAGUAAAAAACCUCGUCAACAGGAACAGCAGUGCCCUCAGUUUAACUGAAACUCCUAAAUCUGACUCUUUCUCCCAAAACUCUCCAAAUAUUUUCUUUCCUUUUCAGCGGAGUGAAAAAAUCUCUGAAGUUUAGGAUCCCACUCUGGGGCCUGUUUUGUUAAAAGUUUGACCUUCCCUCAGGCGUGUGUUCUCUGGAUGUUCUGUGAACAUCAGGAUCCUCCAAAAUAAAGUCCCUUCUCACAACCUGACCUUGUUUUCAUUCAUGGAUUUUAGCCGCUCUGGAGUCACAGCAGGAGGACGACUGAAAAACAGGUACAGGAGGAGGACCACGACGCCUGAACAAGACGGUUCUGAUGAUGGAGCAGAGAUAAUAUCCACAGAGAGACCGAUAAUUAAUGAGGGUGUGUGUUCUCUAUGUAGUUAUAAAUGAAGAUGACACACACACACACACACACACACACACACACACACAGAUGAGGAGUGUGUGAAGGUCAGACCUGCUCAGUUCGAGUCUUUUUCUGCUGAAACAUUAAACCUGAAAAAGUUUUUUAACUUGUGUAAAUGUUCAUGGUUCAUAUCCGUCGUCUUUAGUUUCUCUGCUUCUCUAAAACAAACACCGUCUUGAUUUCUCGUAGUUUCAUGUCACUGUCAGUUCAGUCGUUUGUCCCGCCUCCCUGCCGUGUUACUGCAGAUCUGUCCGGCUUGUUCUGUCUCCUCUGCAGAAACAUACAAACAACACUUCUUUAUUGACAACGUUCAGCCGGGUCUUCGCCUCCUUCUCCGUCUCCUCCACUCCUCUCACAAACACACGUGCACGGAGCCAAGAGUUUGCUUGCAGGAGUAUGUUACUGGAGUGGAGCCUUGUAAUUGACUAACCUCUGCUCCGCCGCACUCCCCUCUGCUUUGCUCAUUUCUGUCAGCUCGCUCCAAAACUCCAAGAAACAUGAACUUUGCCUGAACUUGGUUCUCAUAGAAACACAGAGAGCGAGGGUGUGACAAAUACAACUUCUGUCAGUUAAUAUACUGCACAUUGUGCUCUCACAGUGUCAGCGGUCCAGCAGAGAGUAAAGCAGAAGAAGGCCCGGAUCAGCAGAUGUGGAAUAAAGGGGUUUAUUUUAGACGGACACGUCGAUCUUUGAUGACAGUUUCUUGUAAUUAUUGACCAUCUGUCAGAAAUCCCAUCACAGGAAACUUCCCUCCAUGUUUUUGUAUGAGGUCCCGGGUUAAAACGGUGGAAGUUACCAUGACAACAGCUUCACUAUGUCUCCAACAAUAAGGUUCAUCUUGAAAAGUUCACGGCGGUAAAGAAGGAACGCUGCUCACUAAUGAAAACUCUUUACUGGACUGUGGAAAAUGUGCUCAAGUCAAGACUCAAUGGAAACUCCAGACUGUAAAAGCUGAUGAACAGCAGCAACAUCUCUCAUCGGCUUCACAUGGAUGACAAAGGUGGACAUGAGCGAAGUAUGGAGGCAGGAAUGGAGCUGAAGGAAAGAUCUGGACGUCAGUUAAAAACCAGGUCUUACUUUACAAUCCAAGAUUUCUGAGGAGGACAGAUGAAGAGAUCUAGAUCUGCUCAGAUCUGGAGACUCUGGGACGAGUGAUCUUAGCAGGAACAUCUGUCUCUACAGCCCACUGAAGAACACGUGUCUCUGUUUCUGUGAAUAAACUGUAGAUAUCCACAAAAGUUAUAAAAGUAGAUGUGCAGAAAAACCGAAUGUGUUUGUUCUUCUAACAAACUUUAAAAUGUGUAACCAGCUCUGAGGAAGAGACUUUGAUUAUUGAAGGUCAGGUACAAACCCUCUCCUCUUCUCAUUAUUAACACAGAGUUGGUCUUUGAGGAGAAGAAGCUGCUGAGAUGUUCUCCAUCAUCUCUGAACCCUCAGAAAUAUCAGCCAGUAACUCGACACUAAAGUGGGUUUAAAUACUCUGACUGUAAUAAAAUCAAAACGUCUAAUUCCUGUUAUAUUCAUGUGAUUUCAGACUCUUUUUAAACCGUUAAUGUUAUAUACAGGAAACACAAAAAAGGACUUUUCUCAUCGAUGUAAAAUAUGGAAAAUUUCAGAGUUAAAUAUCUUUCAAACACGAACCCGGAGCCGUCCUUCAAACCAUGAGGUCUUUUAAAAUCUCAGUUUAUUUGAACGUUUACAUAAAUAUCUUUACUAAAGGAAAAAAAACACUAAAAUACAAACUGUGAGGGAAUCACAGCUGAAGAUUUUAGAAGGUCAAACUUUUCAGGCUUCAGAACCUCAUCUUAACAAAUUCUGCGUCUCGUCUCGUUUCCACUUUUCCUUUUAGCAUUUCCCUGAAAAUCAGACACUCAGUCUUCAUUAUUGACAUUUACACUGUAAGUGACUUUGUGAGGAGCCGACAGGAGAGACCACACCACCAGUCCAGUCUGAAAACUCUGAACUGUGUUUCUGUCUUUGAACAUGAACCUAAAUUUAUCACACAGAACAACAUAAAGAAGCUUAAAGGUGAAUUUCUGUGUUGAAGAGUCAAUCAUUGCUGCUCCUUGAACCCACAGUCAAAGUUCACGGUCUCACAAGAGCAGAAACUACAUAUUCAUAAAUGCUGAAUGACCUCAUGUGUUUACAUGGCACUCGCCACCAGACUGUGAAAACUUCACUCGGCCGUGUCUCUCCCUGCAGGACAAUAAAGUUUCAAUUGUACCAGACGCCAUGACUCGAUAAAAAUACCGGGGCUGUUGGGAAAACGACGUGUUUGAGUUUAUUAUUGAGUUAAAUGUGCAGCAGGGUCAAAUUUCAUGCAGCUGAGUGAGUGAGUGAGCAGAGUAAGAAAGAUUUAAUAAAUGUUUUCAAUAACUGAGAGAAAAUCACAUUAAAACAAAAAUGUUCAGACACAGAAAAGGAAACCCUGAAAUGAAGCCGACAUGAACGUUUAACAAACACGAAGUUUGUGUCUCCAGACACCAGAACGGAGAGCAGCGAGGAGAGGUUUCCCACAUCAGCUUUAAUGAACGUGAGUGAACGUGUGUGUGUGUGUGUGUGUGUGUGUGUGUGUGUGUGUAGCAGACCAAAGCCUUUGGCAGAGGACUCCGGUCCAGAUGUUGAACUUGUGUGUAGAGUCUGCUCUCGCACACGUCUCUGCCUAUAAUAUCCUUUCGUAGAGAAUAAAGUGUUCGAGGUUCAGAGAGUGAAGAAGAAAGAAAGAGUUCCUCCUGAGAAAGGUCCUCGCUGUGGCGUGUUGUGAUUCUCAGAGCGGUGACAGAAGACUGAAGGACAAUAACUGUGAAUAAAGAGGCUGAACAUGAGGCUGAACACGGCUGAUAUCUGUAGUUCUGAUGUGUAAGAGAGAGACUGAACGUUCAGGCUGAUAGUGAGAGACACAUCCUGCUGAAGAACCAACCUGAUGUCAAACUCAACUCAACUUUAUUUGUUAAGCACUUUAAAACAACCACAGCUGAACAAAGUGCUGUACAUAACUAGACUAAACAACAAGAUAAAAAACAAUCAAAAAACAAUUAAAACAAUGGAUAAAAUAAAAGCAGAAAUUAAAAGUAAACCACAAACCACCGCACCGUCGUACGAUCUCAGUGUGUUCAGCUCAGACUUUGAAAUGAGCACAAAGUUUGUCUCUUAGAUCUGUGUAGAUCUGUUCUGGGGGUGAGAGUUUGACGGGGUUUUGUUUCCCUGAACUUCCAAACUGACGUACGGCGACUUCUUAGUGUCUGACUGCAGAACUUGAGCAGUACUUUACAGCUCAUGACUCCAUGUUAGCUGAAUGUUUGUUCUCCUCCUUUUAAUUUGUGGUCUCCAAAUCUUUUUCUAAGACUUCUCAUAAAACACAAAGAUGAGUGAUAUCAUGUGGUCUUCAUCAAUGAGGGAGCUCUCUGUUAGACUUUACAGACAUUUAAAAGCAACGAUGAAAGUCCACAGACAACUUAGACAGCAGUGAGAUUUUCAUUUUACAUCCCACUGUUUUAAAGUGAAGAUCACUGAAGGUUCAGACCGUGUCUGAGCAACAACAUAUAAAAGUGGAGAAAAGACAAACAGGCUGAAGAAGUGUAAAAGUGAAGAAGUGUCCUAAGAGCCAGAAACAUAAAGAGCUGCUUUGGCUGUGAUUCUGCAGAAACAUGAUUUUUAUAACACACCAUAACCACCGUAAGAAACUUUAGAAACUGCUCAAAGUGACUGUUUCAUAUAUAUAUACAUAUAUAUAUAUACAUAUAUAUAUAUAUAUAUAUAUAUAUAUAUAUGUAUAGUUUAACAGAGGCCAGAACUUUGAUUUCUGAUGGUUUGACAUGCUGCUUGUUGAAACAAAUCUGAUGGGAUUGAAGGGAAACAUGUUGUUCUGUGUUUCAUUAUCUGUCACACGUUAGUCUUAUGAUGAAAACAUUAUCUAAUUAAUGGACUAAUCAAUGUUCUGAGUUGAUUUACUAAAUAGUUUCUGUUGAGUUCAGAGAAACACGUCACUUCAGAUGAAUGUUUGUAUUUCUACAGUGUUUUAUAUAUAAAACUGUAUCUGGUAGAAAAAAACAGUUUGAUAUAAAACCGUCUGACUCUUUAUGGUGUUUAAUAUAAUAUAAUAUAAUAUAAUAUAAUUAAUAUAAUAUAAUAUAAUUAAUAUCAUUAAUAUAAUAUAAUUCUGUUCAGAGUAAAAGACUGUUCUGUGUGGAGGAGGAUACAGUCUGGUGAAGAGUUUGGAUCAAAAAGGAGUAAAUUAGAUUCUUUAUUGAGUGAAUUAUCGUUCUGUCUUAAAUUAUUAUUAUGUACAGAGUCAGAAACAUCACUAACAUCUAAGAGACUGUAGAGUUUCUUUUAUUUACAUAAAUCAAAGUAAAUUAUCAUCAGAGUAAAAGAGGAAAACUAGAGUAAAAACAAACUCUUUAGACUGAGAUCAAAUUCUGUCUUUUUCAGAGUAAAACUUUAAUUUCAGUCAAAUUCACUCUAAUUUCCUCUGAAUUCACCUGUUUUCUGUUCAUCUUCCUCGUUUUAACUUUAUUUUUUAAAGGUUUAAAUUCUCAGUGUGGCCCUGAUACUCCAUAUUUAUAAAUGACAUAAACUGAUCCAUCCCCCUAAUUCUCUGUCUAUAAUCAAUAUCAGCCCAUCUUCAGUCAGUGACUCCCUUUAUCCUCAGAGGAGGCUCCUCUCUGUAGCUCCACUUCUCCACAGUAUCAGCAGCACCUCCUCACUGAAGCUCCUCUCACUCAGGAUACAUGUUCCUGCUCCUCUUAUCUGAAAGGAUCUCUAUCCCGCUUUAACGAGCCACUUGACCUCCCUCGGCGCUCCCAUACUCCCUGGGUGACGCAAAAAAAGUGGGCUGGCGAAGCGCUAAGUGCACUAGUUUAGAGGACUAUCGGUGCGCACUGGAACAUCACAGGCAGGCGGACUUAGAGCCUCUCCAGCCGUCUCUCUCCCUCUCUCUCUCUCUCCCUGAUGUUUGAUCGAUACUUGAUCGGAGACACCGGGAUGUGUUUGUCUGUGAGUGAGAGAGGAAUCCGGGACUUCAGCUCGAACUUCGGCAGCCUCCUCCUUUCUCCAAGUUCGAGGUUGAUGAAACUUUUUGAAUGAGAAUCCCGCCGCUGGCUGGCACAUCUGGAUUCGGGAUCCUGAGCUGUCAAGUCCAGAGCCCAGGUUUUACCGGACCUGAGCUGACCCUGCUGCCCCUCUGCUGUGUCCUCACCAGGACUGGACUUUAAUGUUUUUGAUAGUUUCAUGAUCUGAAGGCAGACAUGGAUCAGUCCUUCCUCAGAGUAACGUGCGUCUUUGUGCUUCUCUGUCUCCAGGAUCAAAGGUGAGUGAAGCUCCUUCAGUUUUCACAUUUUUUUAUAGAAUAAUAAGUUUAAUUUGUUGGUGAAGAACCGUCCAAUCACAGGUCACAUGUUUCUAAAGAGGAUUUCUGAUGUUAGCAGGAAUGAUGAGCUGUUAGGAAGGACUCCUCUGUUUUCAAUGAUCAGUUUUCUGUCACAGUGGUGAGUUUAGUCAAAGAGAGGAAACACAACAGGUAGACUGACGGAGUUCCAGGAGCACAUGUCCGUCACCUGGAAAGUAAGGCACAGUCCUGGAAAGUCCUGGAAGGUCUUAUGGGCUACUUUUUAAAGCAAGCGUGGAAGUUUUAAUGAAGGUUCACCUGUGUGUGUGUGUGUGUGUGUGUGUGUGUGUGUGUGUGUGUGUGUGUGUUACGGUCCCCCCCACGCCUGGUAUUUGUGCAUGUCGGGGUGUGCUUCAGCAUGUGUACAUACAGGAGUGUGAGAGUGUGUGUGUGUGCCCACAGCCAUACAUUCUCCUGCUGUGUGUGUGUGUGUCUGUGUGUGUGUGUGUGUGUGUGUGUUUCUGUCCCUGUUGAGAGUUUGUUGUAAAGAGGAGCUGAGUGUCUCUCAGAUCAGUCUCUGUUUCACAGCUCUGACCACGGUCUGCUCUAACCCUGUUGCUCCUGAUCGAGCAGAAACAGACAGUCGAGUUCAGAGACACACCUUACAGCCUUAGAGUCACUGAAUGUACAUGUUAACCGCUGCCCUGAGGGGGUUUUCCUGUAAAACUGUUACUAAAACUGCUGGAUCCAUGCCAACAGAGUGGAAGCUGUCCCACACACACACACACACACACACACACACACACACACACACACCUGUUCUUCUUCUGCACCUCCAUGAUCCCCCCGUACAGUCGAGUCAACAUCAAAGUGAAGUUCAAACAAAACUCUGAAAUUAAGAGUCAGGAUGUGUCUGCAACAGGUUUGAGAGCGACGGUGUGAUCCUCUGUCAGCCUCUGCAGAAUCAUAACGUUAUAAUAAUAAUGAUAAUGAUAAUAUUAAUAAUAAUAAUAAUAAUAAUAAAACACUCAUCGACUGUUGUCUGAGUAAACGUCUGUCCUCAAUAACCUGACCUCUGUGCUCUCUGCAGGGUAGACUCCAACGAGAUCCUGGGCCUGAAGCUCCCCAACAUCGACCCCAUCCUGAACGCAAACACAGUGUGUCUGACUCUGCCGGGUUUGACGCGGCGCCAGCUCGAGGUGUGCAUGCGUAACCCGGACGUGACGGCGUCUGCGAUCCAGGGAAUCCAGAUCGCCAUCCAUGAGUGCCAGCACCAGUUCAGAGGGCACCGCUGGAACUGUUCCAGCCUGGAGACCAGGAACAAAAUACCCUACGACAGCAUCGUCUUCAAAAGAGGUGGGUCUUACGGGCGCUGUUGGACUGAGCUGUCUUUACAGGUCUAAUUAAGUCCAGGUCCGCCUCUUUUCUCAUAAUUACACAUAUCAGAGGAGGGGGGGGUAGAAUCUCAGAGCUUUUAAUCCUGCAAAGAAAAGACGAGGAAACAGAAAAACACCUUUAGGAAGUGAGGCGUAAGCUACCUUCUGAAACUCACAUGGAGUAAAGUCGAGCGGUUCAAAAGCCGGGUCUUCAAAAACGUCUGUGGUUUCAUCCUCAAACACACUUUGAUAGAAACAGCUUGAAAGGAGAAGCUUAGAAAGAUUACUUUACUCAAACAUCCCAAAACAUCCUGAACAAGCGUCGGUAUAACGUCGUCCUCUAAACUGUCAGAGAGCCGCAGAAGGAUCAUUCUUCUCUGUCUUUGGAGAAUCUGAACGCUCUGAAGGUCGUCUGCUGACCGUCACGCUGCUCCCUCCUCUCUAACCAACAAAAGCAGAGGAAACUUCAAAAGCAGUUAGUCACCUGAAGAUCACCAGGUGUCGUGCAGAUCAGUUUCCUCUCAGGCUUUGUUGUGUUUCAGUCACAAAGGAUGAAAGAGGAUCGGAGUUUAUCAGAGAGGCUUCAGACAGAGAAAAGUGUGGGUCUGCAGGAGGACCAGCUGACCUGGACCCUGAGCAGAACCAAACCUGAUUGGUCCUUUUUAUGGAAGUUUGAUGACAAAGUCAAUGAUUUUUUUAAAAUGUUGAGUCUAAAUCUUUGAGCGGAUCGAGUGUCAGAACAUUUGUUCAUUGAAAUCGAUUCAUCAGUUAUUGUAGUUUUCAUCGUUUUAGUGUCGAACUUUCACCCCCUAAAGGAUCUUUAAGUAAAGGUUUGUAUUUUUAGUGCAGGGGGCGCUGUGGUGCAGCGGUUUGCACCUCACAGCUAGAGGGUCCCUGAUUCUGGGGCCGGGGUCUUUGUGUGUGAAGUUUGCGUGUCCUUCCUGUGCGUGUCCAAAGACGUGUGUGAGUGUCAGUGUGUCUGCUCACCUGUCGAAGGUCCGGGGGGCCGCCCCACCUGAAGCUCAGUGACAGGGAGGUGUGGGUCAGUAUCUGAUAAAACAGUUUAUGACAGAGGAGAUGAUGGUCAUCAUCAGAAAACACUCUCACAGUGAGGGAGAUAAAGUCUGCCGAGCUUCGUCCUCCUUUGUCUGUUUUCUGAAAAAUGAGACUUUCCCUCCAUGAAGGAUGUGAAACCUCAGAAUAAAACCCUCUGACCUGCAGGUUCUCACCUCUGCUCUUCCUCUCCUCACUCUUUCAGAGGCUGUUUGUCAUUAGAAGUUCUGGCAGUUGCUUGUUGUCUGGCGUCCCCGGUUAGCCUCGGGUGCAGAAACUCCAAACCACUGACAUAAACAACCUCUUUAAGUCGGAUGAUUCAUCAGUUACAUGUCGAUAUGUUCUCUUCACUCAGUUAAACAUGUCGGGGUCAUUACUGUGCAGCUACUGAAACACGGAGCAGGACUUCAGUUCAGACAUGGACCACAUGGUUCUGUGCAGAUCGACUCGUGAGGCUGUGUGUGUGUGUGUGUGUGUCUGUGUGUGUGUGUGUGUGUGUGGAGGACUUUACAUCACGCUGAUAUACUAAAGCUUUAAUCACGUCUCUGGUGUCAGACCGUCUCUGUCCGAAGAGUUUUGGUUUUUCGGUCUCUGGAUGUUCGUCUUUAACUCUGAGUUUCAUCAGGAGUCGAGUUGCUUUUGUUUACACAGACCACAGCAGAAGUUACCUGAGGGCACUUUUCACCGAGCAAGUCUAGACUGAACUUUAUAAUAUUAUUAACAGAAACCAAAUGUUUGUUUUGGUGACUGUUUGCCUCCGUCAGAUGCUGCAGCCUCUGUUGUUCUGCCGCUCGUCUCUCUGCAGAUGGAUCCUGAUAAACUUCAGGGGCUCGUCUUCGUUCCUGUUGAGCUUGCAUUAAAAACUAGGCUAAAGAGGACAUCAGGCAAGACGUGGAUAGACAGAAAUAGGAGAAUCUCUCUCUCUCUCUCUCUCUCUCUCACUUUCUGUCUUUCUCCGUCACCGUGCCCGUGUCCUCCCUCGCUGGGCUUCUCCUAAUGCUUUUACUUCCCUUGCCAGUGUGAGUACUUGUGAAUUUGCUCUCAGCACUUUCCCAACUCUCCGAGGCAAAAGCAUAAACCUGUUUAGUUGGUUUCUGUAACACAAAGUGACAGUUUCCUUUCAAUCUUUAAUUCAUUUUGUCACUUCCUCUGCCAUCAGUUCAGCGGGGCGUGCCGCGGCCGGUGAAUUAUUUGUUAGAUUGAUUUGUACCCGGUCUUUUGGGUGCCUGUGAGCGGAGCUCAGCUUAGAGCGGGAAAGAGCUAAAACGGGCUUCCUAUGUAUAAAAAUGUACCUAAGUGCCGUCCCUUCAGUCCCCACGCUGGUGUGGAUCAUGGUGAUGGCUGUUUUUUGCCGGUUUGGUACAUUAACUGUUUCAUCCUUUUUUAAAGAAUCAGGAUCAGAUCACUUGUAUUUUGUUUAAGGAUGCUGCUAACAGCGACAAACCCACCGAGUACAAUCUGACUCUGCAGUUUCUCUCUUUUAUGGUUUUAAGAUCAUUGUUUGAUUUUAUAGUAUGACUGUUCUGGUUCUGUCUCAGCCUGAAGCCUGAAGCUUUUUUCAGCAGAUAAACUCACUGUGAUCGACACACUGUCAGAUGUUUCCUCAGCAGAGGACCACGUUAGCUUACAGUAGAUGAACACAGUCGAGGAGACCAAGGCGAAGAUGAGGACGUAUUCUAGAGCUUCAACAGGUGCACAGGUUGGAGGUCCGUACUGCAAAGUUUCAAACAUGAGACACUUGGAUGUCGGUGUUCUCCUCAGUGUUCUCCUCAGAGACUGGGCGGUGGGUUACGGUUUUCAGUUCUGCACGUCGUCGACUCCGUCUGUCUCAGAAAGAUGUCGAAGGGUCACAGCGACGUGUCUCCUCUGUCCUCGCUGCAGGACAGACUGAGACUGUGUCCAGGGUUCAGUCCAACACAACAGCAAACGUGUCAAAUUCAACAUAUUUUAAAAACAAAAUAACAUUAACUCAGGAAAAUAACAUGUAAAUAACAUGAAGCUAAAAGGAGCAGUUUUUAUAUUUGACUCCAACCAGCCGCUGAAAUCAUUUCUCCUUCUAGCUGUGUGCCGUAAACUCCUAACUGGUUUCUUUUCACAUUUUAAGUUUCCAUCAUAAUCUUCAGUGUUUUCUGCACCAGCAUGUGACCGCCAGCAGGGGGACUUUUAUAGACCCUAAAGGCCGUUGGCUAAGCUCUAACAACUAACAGUGGACAGGCAAGGAGACGAGAGCCGCUGGACUGUCAACAUUCACAGAGUCCACAACUGGACAUGGAGUCAUUUUUACACCAAUAUGUACGAUCAUGAAGGUGUGUGUGUGUGUGUGUGUGUGUGUGUGUGUGUGUGUGUGUGUGUGUGUGUGUGUGUGUGUGUGUGUGUGCAGAGAGGACUGCUGUAGUAUCAGAUCAGCAGUCGUCCACUUCUUCUCAUGCUCAUGUUGUUGAUGGUGAGCGUCAGCGGCAGAGCAGUCACGCGUUGAUAUAAAGAUUACAUGAGUCACAGUCACUCCCUCAAACGUCCAUCUGAGUCUUUUCUGUGAUCGAGGAGAAUCAGGUUAGACUUUUUAUCCUGUUGAAGCUGCAAACAUGCAUGAACAGAAACACAGAGUCUGGUCCUGGACCUGCAGGAAGACAGACGGAGACAUGUCUCUGUUUGGACUGAGUGGGUGUCCUCUGUGAGUCCUCUGUGAGUCCCCUGAUGGUGGGAGUUUGUUCUCGCUCAGCUCAGUUUGUUCAUGAGUCUCAGCAUGUGUUUUAAUUUACAAUAAAGGUGUGAAUCAGUUCUUCCUGAUUCUUCAUCAACCCAGAAGGAGCUCCUCCUCCUCUUCUUCAGCUCGACUGACUCUGUGGGAACCUGCCGGUGUUGUUGUACGUGACCCUGAUGACAACAAAUCACAACAAUUUAUAUCUGAAGACACUUUCCAAAAAAAAGACGGUCUAGAUCGACUCUUUGUUUGAUGUAUUAAAAAGGUACACCACAGUCCACCGAGCUGCCGGCGGGCACGAAAAUAAAGCCCUUAGACUCAGGCGUCAUCUUGAACACUGAGGAGUUUGGAUCCAGGUUAGAGACUCUGAAGAGUAAAUUCUUCAUGGAACACGUUUGUUCACAGUGAUCUGAAUUUAUCGUAAAUAUUAAGUUUUUAGACGGCGUGACGAACCGAUUCUGUUGAUUCUGCUGAAUGUGUCACUCUCCAUCCUUUGUGUUCAUUGUUAUCGCUUCAUCUCACCUGACAGGUUAAUGACACAUGCACAUCGGUAUGUUCUGCCUGCAGGUUAUAGAAAAACUGUUUACCUUUUAUUUCAACCCCAUCUUGUCACACUUGUAAGGAAAGAAGAAAACGUUCGAGCAGCUUUUAAAGAAGCGCUGAGGGGAAUAUUGGAGGUUUGUGUUUUGGACUAAAGAUCCACGCCGUGUCACUGAACAGGGUUUAAAGUCCGUCUCUCAUCUUCAUCUGUAACAUGUAGGGCUGGACUGAGCGACAUUUAUGACACAAAUACUACGAGAAAAUCAUCCUGUGCUGCAGUUUUUCUGUCUCACUGCACCGGUGUGAAAGGAGCCGCUGUGUACGUCUGUGUGUGUGUAUAUGUGUGUAUAAGUGUGUAUGUGUGUGUACCUUACUUACUAACGAGUCAGACGAGCUAAUUGUGAGACGAGACUGAAGAAAAACAAUCGAGGGAUAAAUCUUCAGUCAACACGGCAGACGUGCGCAGCGAGACUGCAGCUGUCUCUGCUGUUCUCAGUUUUCUUGCAGUUGUGAUGUUAGUGAGCGAUUUUGUGAGCGUACCGUGACAGUUCAUCAUCCAGCGAUAAAAUAAGUAAUGUUGAUUAACAUUAGUUAGUUAGUGACCCAUAAUCCUAAGCUGCAGGUAAGUGGCUGAAUGAGGAGAAAAAAACGACUUCAGUGGGCGGACAUCCAAGGGCGCUUCACAACAGGUCCCCACAGGUGACCCGGGGUCCGGAUCAAACAAACGGACCGUGGUCUGGAUCAAACAAACGGACCGUGGUCCUCUUAAAAGUGAAGACUCGGUCCUCAGGCAGGUCUGAAAUUUGCUUCAUUCUGCUUCAAGUUUUUGUCUUACUCUACAACAUUGUCGACAUCUGUCGCAGCAGUUCUAUGGACCAGAAAAGUGAACGUUCAGCCCCGACGUGACUGUGAAAGAGCGAUCAGACUGUUAGUGAUGAUAUUUAUUCAGAGUAUAAUUCAACCGAACUCUGAUUAUGACCCUUUGUUUUAUAACUUCUUUACCAACAGUCACUUCAGCUCCUUUUCCCUUCCACAGGUUUCAGAGAGAGCGCCUUUGCGUACGCCAUCGCAGCAGCAGGAGUCGUACACGCCGUGGCUAACGCCUGCUCCAUGGGCAAACUGAAGGCGUGCAGCUGUGACGAGAAGCGGCGAGGAGAUGAGGAGGCCUUUCGCAUCAAACUGCACCGCUUACAACUGGAGGCCAUCCACAGGGGGAAGGGGAUGGUUCACGGUGUCAUGGAGCACUUCCCUGCUGAUCUUCCAGGACCACAGGACUCCUGGGAGUGGGGCGGCUGCAGCCCUGAUGUGGAAUUUGGUGAGAAGUUCUCCAGGGACUUCUUGGACGCCCGUGAAACCUACAAGGACAUUCACGCCAGGAUGAGGCUGCAUAAUAACAGAGUUGGGAGACAGGUGAGUGGACAGUGACAAAGGAAGGAUGUGGAUGUUUGUCCCCUGAUCGGGAGCAUGUUUGGUUUGGAGGGAUAAAUCUGACACUGAAAUCUCCUUCAGAAUCGCCGACAUUUCAACCAAUCAGACAUGACCAUGAAAACCAUUAAAAUAAAUCAUCCUCUCAAAUCUAAGGCACAUCAAGUUUAUCAAUAUUCAUCUGAACGUUCUCUGUAACCUCUGGACAGUAUGGAAAUAUUAUGAUUAAUAAUAUUUAUUUAUUAAAAUGUAGUUUUGUUCAAAAACAGGUUUGUGCAGAAACAGUUUUAUCAUAAUAGAGACAAACAGUAGAUUGGAGUUGAUCUACAAGUUCAAAUGAAGUGACUCAAAAUAUAAUCUCUUCCAUGUUUUAUCAACAUGAAUAUUUCACUAACUUAAAUAUAUAUUUUAUAUUUAUUUUAUAUAUAUUUUAUAAAGGAAAACAGAUCAACAAAUAAAACAGGUGGAGGUUCAGUGAGUCCAGUUUUUCUGGGCUGAAACACAAAAACACAAUCUGGUUUCAGUGGUCAGGUCACCACGGCUGUUUACUUCAGUUUAAGACUGUGUGUGUGUGUGUGUGUGUGUGUGUGUGUGUGUGUGUGUGUGUGUGUGUGGAGCUCUGAUAAACUUGUUGAUAAACUCGAUAUUGUCCAGGAACUGUCUCAAAUAACAUGUUCGCUCAUCUUGAAGUGAAGAGCCCCAGAAUAAAAUCCAUGCAGUCAGUGACGAAGUAAAACCCUCAUCAUGAUGAAGGUUCUGGAUUUAUUCUGCUCCAUUUAAAGAGUAACAGAUUAUUAUCCAGAUAUAAAGUGAACAAAAACACUAGAAAGGAGAAUUCACUGAAAACUACUUUAAAACUGUUUUUUCAAAGAGCCUCAAAUCUGUGAAAUACUCGCUGUUUCCACUUCAUGUGAGGACUGGAGCAGUCAGCUCUGUUAGCUCUGUUAGCUCUGUUAGCAGUCAGCUCUGUUAGCAGUCAGCUUUGUUAGCUCUGUUUGCAGUCAGCUCUAUUAGCUCUGUUAGCAGUCAGCUUUGUUAGCUCUGUUAGCAGUCAGCUCUGUUAGCUCUGUUAGCAGUCAGCUUUGUUAGCUCUGUUAGCAGUCAGCUCUAUUAGCUCUGUUAGCAGUCAGCUCUAUUAGCUCUGUUAGCAGUCAGCUCUAUUAGCUCUGUUAGCAGUCAGCUUUGUUAGCUCUGUUAGCAGUCAGCUCUGUUAGCUCUGUUUGUUCUGUUAGCAGUCAGCUUUGUUAGCCAACAUUAGCAGGAUACUGGAACCAGACAUCCAGGUCAGCUCUGUGAACCACAUCAGAACUUUCUAUCAGCUACAAACAGCCAACAGCAGCUGAUUCGUGGUAACAACAGUCAUCAGCUGUGAGUUUAGAGUGUCUUCUUUGGGAUUUGGUCGUGAACGUUAGCUACUUAACAGUCAUCAGAAGUACAUGAAUUAGUCUCCUGCUGAGUGGCGAGCCAAUGAUAGUGAGAAGGGCCUGACCGAUACGGAUUUUUGGGGGCCGAUGUCGAUUAUGAGGGGGGAUCUGAUUACCGAUUAAUCGGCUGUUUUUUAAAUUUUUAUGAAGUUGUAAAAAAAUACAUAUAUAGUAGAUAUCUAUAGUAUACUGUAUACUGUAGAUCUACAGUAUACUGUAGAUCUACAGUAUACUGUAGAUCUACAGUAUACUAUAGAUCUACAGUUUACAGCACAGUUUACUGUAUACUGUAGAUAUACUGUAGGCUGCUGCUCUUCACGCCGACAGGAAGACCGACUGAUCAAACUCGGACCAGAAAAGCGUUUUCGACACAGUGAGAUUUCAUACAUCACAGAUUCAGACUCCGCCCCCAGAGCCCCACUCUGCAGGCCUGACUCGGCGAAAUAGAGAGGACAAUCAUGGAACAAGUGUGUGUGUUAGCGGAUUGCAAUGAUCAUAAAAAGCUAAUUAUGAUAUUAACUUUCAUCAUCAAGACAUCAGUGUCUGAAUCGCUCCUGUUACCUGCUACUUCUACUACAACGGCAAUGAUAGGCUGCAAGCUAACUUGGAGUGUGUAGAGCAGCGCUGACUCCGCCCACGACUCAGCGGAGAAUUGAUAAUGACCUACUGGAGCUCUGCAGGAGAAAAGCCUAAAAAAUGACUCAGGUAAAAACUUCAUGAUCACAAUUUAAAGACCACUGAGAAAACUUUAAGUAGUGAACAAAACGAUCAGAGUGGGACUUGAAUCGAAUCACUUCUUCAAGCGAUUCGAUAGUUUUUCAGUUUAGUUAAGUUGGCGAGACACUUUAAUGUAUCAGUGCAGCCUGAGCGAAUCUUAAACAUAAAAAAUAAUAUAAACGUAGAAAUAACCCUCGGAGCUGCUGUCCCCUAAUGUUGAGACUUAAAGCAGACUUAGUAUUGUAGAUAUUUCUGUUUUGGCAGGUUAAUCGGACAGCGCUCACUGCAUGUAGCUCACACAUGUUCAGGUGUGACAGGUGAGUUACCUGUCUGGCCUUAUGAUCCAGGAUGAAGCUUCGUUAAGUUGCUGAUGAUUGAGUGACUGUUUUUCCUACUUUUGCUCCUUUUUUUCUGGGGAAACUUUUAUUUAUAAAACUCUUAUUUUCCUCUCGGGACUUUUGGGACUUGAAGCAGAAACAGUUUCUGUUCUCGGGUGUUUCUGCUGCCGUGGUCCACAUCAGUGAGGAUGUUUCAGUUGGACGGAUGGAUACUGUUUUCCUGUUUUUCAUAAAGGCCUUCCUAAAUUAUUGACCGACAUGGUUUGUUCUUUUAUGGUCAUACGUUGAAAAUAAAACUCGUCCUUAUUUCUGUUUAAUAGUUGUUUGCUGUGUUUACUUUGUGAGAGAAUUUGAGGAUGGGUCAAUAUUCGUUUAGGUAUUAAUGUGAAGUAAAUCAAAAUCUUCCUGUCUUAUUAAAACCACAGAGUAGUUCAGAGCAGCAGCCUGCAGCGGUGGUGGUGGUGGGAUGAGAGGAGGAUGUAAAUGACAGUGAUAAGCCUCUACAGUAUGGAGCUCUGUGGUGGAGCAGAGAGGAGAAGCAACUCUAACUGUUGUUCAUUGUUCCCUGUUUCCUCUUGAGUAAUUUGGGCCUGUAUCUUCCCAUCAGUUUACUUCUGGUUUCCUUGAUUAUGCAGUCAAAACACGAACGUGGAGCCGUCAUCUGUGUUCAACAACAGCUGCUCUCCCUGCAGCAGCUUUAAUGGCUGAAGUCGUCAGAGAUGAAGAGCUAAUGACAUGUCUUCUGAUCGUCGGUGCCGUUCAUGUGGGAGUGAAACUUGGGUGUGGGCUGAUAUGACACGAGUCCAAAUGUGUGUAUAAUUGAAGGGAAGCGGGUCUGUGGAGACCUCCUCUCUGUUUUUGGAUGUAGUUAGUGAGAUUUGAGACGGAGUUAAUGGGCAGGGUCACACUGUGGCGUCAUGUGUGUUGUCUUUUCUCUGUCUACUGUACCUCCUGAGGACCUGAGGCGCUCCAAAUGUUAAAGCCUUAGAGAGAGACAGAGUGGAUUUACACUGAACCUCAUCUGAGACACGCCGGGUCGGGUUCUUUGGAAACCUGUUUAAUCUGGAUCAGGUUUGGUUUUAGUAAAUGAUAUUAAAGUAGGUUUGGCCUUGAUUGUCUUUAUAUGUCCUGGUGUUUUCUGGAGCUUGUUUGUCCCACAUGAAUAAAGGAAAAUAAACUGUUGAAGAAAUCUGGUCAGUCUAACGUCAGACAUUAGAGCAGAUAUGUUUAAUGUCUCUCUGAGACCUGGAGAAGAUAAUCAAUAUACAGAAACAGGACAAUUGUGGACAAAAGUGCUGCGUCUCUAACUGUCAUCAUGUUUAUGAAGCUGGACUUUUAUUACAGAGAAAGUGUUUGUAAGAUGGAACUUGUUUUACAGACAAAAAGACUAAAAAGGAAAAUUUUCUACAGGGAGAGAAAAAAACCCAAAACCAGGUCUGAGGUCUUUAAAAUCCAGAGGACUAAACUGAUCCUCCUGAUACUUCUGUGAGCUCACCCUCAAAAAGACCUGUUUUUGUGUGCCUGAAUUGUGUUUCAUAAAUUAUGUUAAUUUAUAGUUUAAAAAAAUAAAACAUUAAAACCGUAAAACUGUGAAAAAAGAAUCAAUAAAAGACAAAGUGAUCAAACUAAAAAUAAGACUUCCCCUCUUAUACCGAACUCACUGUCAGAACUUCAGAAGGCAAACUUUUGGUCAUCCAACUUUAUUUUUGUUUUCCAAUACGCUCAACUGAAAAAUUCCAACCAAUCAAAUAAGAGAAGCGGUGACUCAGGAUCGCCGACCAAGAGAUGUGAGUGAAGACGAACGAGUGAAGAUGAGUGAGUGAAGAUGAAUGAGUGAAGAGUGUAAACAUACUUUAACCUGAUGGAGCUGAGUGAGUCCAAAACCAUGUUUUAUAGACGAUUCUGACCAACAGCAGAGACUGAAUAAGGAAGGAGAGAGAGAGGAGAGGGGGUGAGGGAGAGAGGGAGUGAGGGGGUGAGGGACUGAGGGAGUGAGGGAGUGACACUGAAGGGCAGAGAGAAGGAGGGAAACUCACUACAGAACUGUUACAAUAUCAAAUACUGAGAACCUUAUUGACUUCAAAUAGUAUAAAAACCUCUCAGAGACACACACACACUCAUACACACACUCAUACACACACACACACACAUACACACACACGCACUCAUACACACACACACACACACACACACACACACACUCGUACACACAACACACACACACACUCAUACACACACACACACACACACACACACUCAUACACACACACACACUCAUACACACACACACACACACACACACACACACUCGUACACAAACACACACACACACACACACACACUCGUACACACACACACACACACUCGUACACACACUCACACACACACACACACACACACACACACACACACACACACACACACACACACACACACACACACACACUCGUACACACACACACACACACUCGUACACACCCUCAUAGACACACACACACACACACACACACGCACACACUCGUACACACACACACACACACACACACACACACACACACACACUCGUACACACACACACUCACACACACACACACACAGUCCCUAGAAUCAAACUGAAACACUGACAGAUGGGGCCUCAAAAUAAUGUCUACCCUUCUUCCCGUAUCUCUUUCCUCCCUCCGACCCCCCCCCCCCCACACACACACACACACACACACACACACACACACACUCACACACACACACACUCACACACUCACUCACACACACACACAGUCGUCUUUAAGCAGAGGAAUGUGGUGGUUUUUUUUAGGGGUGUGCAUGUCGCCUCAUGCCCACCCCAGGGUUCUCACGGCGUCCUGUCUUGUUUUUAGCCCUAAUUAGUGGCUGCUGGCAGUUUGGAAACAGAUGUUUAAAACCCUGCAAAAGAUUUUAGACUUCAAACGCUGAGGCGGAAAGUAGAAAGAGAUUCGCCCUUCCUUCCCUCCCCUCUUUCCUUCUCCUGCUCUGCCUGGACCAACUUCUCUCCAGCAGGGCUGAUUACAGAAAUAAUACAGCAGACGAAGAACGCACAUGAAACGAGAACAUGUGCUGCAGUCCAUCUGCAUUUCACAAUAUACUAUAGUACUGACACAGCGUAUAUAUUUAGGUAAAUAUAAGCUGAAGAAGCCACAUAUUUAUGUGAAAAAGAGGAAUCCUGAAGUUGAGAAAUCAAAAUAGGUGAAAGUGUAAAAAUAUUUAGACAAACCCUGAAUUACUUAAACCCUGAAUUACUUAAACCCGAAUGUACACCUGGAGAAACCUCCCCCUCUGUUGUUUUUGUAGUGAACCUUCUGUUCAGUAUCUAAUCAGGCCUGUUUAAUUAGCCUACGACAUGUUUAAAGGUGCAGCACAUGGAAUAGAAAUGUUCCCCUCAGUCGUUCAGAGAGAACACCUCCGAACAAAGGUUUGGCAUUCAUGCUGCACCGCUUAAACCUCACGGAGGUUCUGUUCAAUCCUGUCCGUUCAUUAGGCAAGUGGUGACAGUGUUGGCUGUGCAACAGUUUGUCUUUAUACUGGCAAGCAUCUUCUAGUAAUUAUAAUUUACCAUCAAGGUAUGACUCCAGGGGAGAAACACGAGAUACCCGCUCAGGAAGGAAGCAAUACUUCUCAACUUCUCCUGACCCUGUUUUUAAUGUCGGAUUUUAAUCCUGAAAACUAAACAAGAGUCCUGAGUCUGUCUUUGUCAUUUAAAGAGAUAUCUGUGAGGACACUCGAGUCUUUGGUAUCCUGGUAACUUCUCACUGAACACCCAAGUGUCAGAUGAGCUGCAGAGUAAAGCAUACUCAGCACUUUUGGCUUUCAGGUCUUAAUUAAACGGCAGUUAAUGACCUUAAAACUGUUCUGACAUGAGAUCCUGCAGGUCUGAAUCACUUUAAAAUAAACACGGUUUCAUUAAACUAAAGCCAAAACUAUCAGGGACAAAUGGGCUUAAUUACAGCCGACCAAAGAAAUCCUGACUGAGGUACAAACACACAAACUAAAGAGUUUCUCUGCAAGUUUCAACAUGAAGUAGUUGGAUUAUAAACAUCUGAAGUUAUCGUUUAUAAAAAUAUAACAGGAGGAGCCAUAAGUGUGUGAUUAGGUAUCUACAACAAAACACUAACACUUAGAUUUAACAUAAACAGGCCAAUAAACUGUAGGGGCUGCAUAAUAAGACAAAUGUAAUAAUACCAGUGAAAUGAUAGAGUUCUGUAUUCAUCAUUAAUAAAUCAUCAUUAUAUUUAAACUAUAUUCUUUAUAUUUAAAUCAAUAAAGUGAAUUGUUUUUCUAGGUAACAGAUUUAAGAUUUUAAGAUUUAAGAGAUUUAAAUGAAUCAAUUCUAAAAAAUUUUAUAGUUUAAAUGAAAUUAAAUGAAUGUAAAUAAAAAAACAAUGAUUAAUUUUCUGAGUGUAGGGAGUCGACAUGAAUCUAGAUUUAUGAGCCGACCACGACAUGUCAAAACUGAGAAAAAAGGGAAAAUAUAUAUAAUGAUAAUAUUUAUUAUUAUUAUUAUUAUUAUUGUUAUUAUUAUUAUUAUUAUUAUUAUUAUUAUUAUUUUAUUUAUUUAUUUUUUUUUUACUUAGACCAUCACACACAGAUGAGUUUUCAUGCAUGAUAACCAGACUGUAGUGUAAGCAGUAUUUCUGAUCUCUGGUUGAGUGUUUGACUGACCCGUUCAGUCUGCGCUGACCCUCAACUAUCAUGAUCCUGGUCUAACAGAAAACCAAGUCCACCUCUGAGCCACAGGGUCCCUGAAUAAUGAGGGGCUGGUUUAUUUAAAAAAAAGGGCUCGAGCACAAUAUCCAGAGAAGUCUCCGUUUAUUUGGCUCUUCACCUUCUUUCUGACUCUUUUAUAUAUUUGACACUUGAAUCGUUUUGUCUCUUAAGGUGAAGAAAACCAAACACUUAAACUGUGAAUCCUCACCUCCUGCACAGGAGCAGGAACAUCAGGUGGACUGGAUCAUCUGAUAUGAUUGUUCGAUGUUCGUCUGUAAAGACAAAGACUGUGUGUAAACAACUCUAAAGCCCGUGUUAACCCACCAUCCCAGACCCUGUUUCUGUGUCAGGACACUUCAUGACUCCAUCAAAGAGCUGAAAACAGUAAAACGACGUAGAGGGACAAAUCCAGAACAGAAAUCUCUUUAACUUCAUCCAAGGCAGCAGAAGUGGGACCCCUAGGAUCCUUUUAUGCCUAAUUGAACCCUUGAGCGAUGAUAAACUGCUCUGGUGAACCCAUUCAAGUUAAUUCAUUGACUCAGAGGAACCCACACGAAACGCCGAGUGUGUUUGAUUCAAAAUAGCAACAUUAAUGGGGGGUUAGUCCGGCGCUCCUCAGAGACCGCCGCUUCAUAUCAUCAGCGGUGAGCGGGACAUUCCAGAGUCCUGACAGAGCAUUAGAUCUGACCCUCCACAAACACACACACACACACUGAGUCAUACCCACACACUAACCUCACAGCUUCUCUGCUCAGUGCACACACACACACACACACACACACACACACACACACACUCAGCAGGUGGAAGUGUUUACGCUGCUAACAACAUUUUAUUACAGCAUCUAAAUGAACAUUCACCGCUGAGUAAAUACGACACUCACCAACACUCGUGCACGUGUCGCUGUCACUGGAUCACAUCAGUAAUGGCAGAUCAUUGUUUUCAUGUGUGUGUGUGUGUGUGCGUGCGUGCGUUUCUCGGCCGCCCUGAACGGUUCUUUUGAAGCGGGGCGUUUGAUUCGUUUACAGUGAUGUCUGGGCUUAAUGUGCUGCUGUGGGAUUUGUUUGUGUGCUUUGAUUUAGUCUCGGCUUUCUGCUCGGCUUUAAAGCUCCUUCAGUAGAUUUUCUUUGAACUGACUAAUGUGCAGACAGGUCUGCUGUUUAUCAGAGACCAGGGUCGCUCGCAGGACGUUCAGACGGUCCAUUAGGGUUUUCCCCGAGAGGUGACUUACAAUGACACUCCAACCUGAGAUACAGAUCCUUCCUGUCAGUAUCGCUGCUUCAGUCAGACACGGUGACUUCAGCCCGGCGUUUCUGAAUGAAAGUCUCAGUUCCAGGAUUGUUGGGAGGAGGACUGGAAAUCCUUAUUUAUCCAAACUCUCAAUCAGCAUUAACUCACGCCAAGAGGCGGAGCUUAAUGAACUACAACGCACUCAUCUGUCCGUUCACUCAGACACAACAUAACCAUGCAAAUGUCAGCAGAACUCAUGGUCUUUAUACACACACACACACACACACACACACACACACACACACAUAAUGUCAUUACAUAUAUAAAUACAUACAUGUGUGUGUGUGUGUGUUCAGUGUUUACAUAUCAUUAAAGGUGUUUUGCUAUAAAUCUGUAAAAAUGCGUGUUAUGCUGCAGGGCAUUAUGGGAGUUAUUUGCUGGAUAUUGAAGGAGCUGCAGUUUCUCUUUAACCUCGUUGACUGACAGGCGGUCAUGUUUCUCAGUCUGUGGACGGUGUCACUUUUAUAAACAAAGAAGGAGAAAACUAAAGUCUCCUAAACUGAGUCUGACUCAGAAGGUCCCACAGCGAUAACGAUGAAGAGUUUGAUGAAGAUCAUGAGUUCUUAUGAAACACAGAAUCAGACGAGUUCAGGGUCACAGGAACAUCGUUCUUAUCGUCGCAGGACUUUCCGUCUCCUUAAAGAGGUUUUUGGUAAAUCAUCACCGAACUCUUGACUGUCACAGAGUCACAGUGAACCAGCCGUGACUCAGUUAAACCACUACAGGAGAGUGGGAACACCUUUGGUUUACUGAUGAAAUGACUGAAGAACAUGAACGUUAUAAUGAUGGACGACUGACUUCAUUAUAAAUGAGAUUAAAAGGUCUGAAAGUCUCAGAUGAAAGUCUGUCUGCAGAGUUUCAGGGUGUCUCCUUCAGGUUCCUGUUAUAAUAGUAACUCAGCUGGAUCCUCGGACCCGUGCUUCACUUCAGCCUCUCCCCUCAUAUCACAGGAGUCUGUUUCUGUAUUCGUCCUUUUUCCUGCUCUGCUGUGGAGUCCUAGUCUGCCACCAACAUGUCGUAUUUGAUCUCAGUCUGGGGUUAUUUUAUUGGCCCUUCUGUCUCCCUCUCAGCCAAUUAAAAGCAGCCAGAUGUUUGUUUGACCAACUUACAUGACAAGUUCUCGCACACUGGAACUGGAGCAGCGCUUCUGCUGCAGAACCGUCACGUUUCAUCCAUAAAACAUCAGCCAUGUUCCUGGUUUAACAUGGUAACCUGUUUUACUCUCCUCAAACCCGGAGUCUCAGGACACGAGCUGACGUCCUGAAGGAUCCGACAGUAGGAGAGCGAACUGAACUCUUCAGUUGUUUUUAGCCCCGGUUGUGUAACACGAACUAUAUUUGUGUAAGUUUCUCUGCUCACAUCGCCAAGACAAUGGUAGGUGAUGACAGCUGAGACAGGACCUGAUUCUGAUCUAAUCUAACAGGACAUGAUGAGUAAGCAUGAGUGGAGUCUUGGUUUGAUGGACAGGUUAAUCAUUAUACACCCACACAGACACACACGCACACACACACACACACAGACACACACAGGAAAUGCUUUUGUGUACCAAGGAGUGGGAGUAGCACAGAGAUAUGUAAAGUUCAUCUCUCCCCUCUUUCAUCCUUGUUUCCUUUUACCUUUCCUCACCUUCACGUUUCCUUUAGCUCCCCCUCUCCACCUCCUCCGUCGCAGGUCUGCAGGGCAGAACAGGGCGGCAGUAAAACCCAGCACCGCUUUCUUCUUUUGUUAACAGUCCUGUUAGAUAUUUUCCUUUGACGUCUCAGUUUUUUAGCCUCAGGUACAGAAAUCAGAGACUCACAGAUUUUUAUCUGAUCCUCAAUUAAACAGGAUCUCAGUCUGCAGCUAAAAUAUCCACUUCUUUGGUUUUUACUGGAGGUUCAUAGUGAUCGAUCAUCAAUAAGGUUAACAGGUUAUCCUCAAACCUCAGCCGUAGCUUUGACAGUUUCUGCCAAGCCUGUCAAAUCCACAGACAAAUUUUUAUACAUUUUCAACAAAGACACAUUUGUCACAUCUGUGCAUGAUUCCCUCUGAAAGAGACAGCAGUUUAAGGGUUUAAGAUGGCGGCUGAAACAACGUAAUUUUAAUACACCUGAGAUAGAAACAGGAGGCUUGUUUUAAGAUCAGAAAAUCAUGUAAAGAUAUUAAAGAUAAAUAUAUUAAAGAUAAAGAUAUUAAAGAUAAAUAUAUUAAAGAUAAAUAUAUUAAAGAUAAAGAUAUUAAAGAUAAAGACAUUAAAGAUAAAGAAAUUAAAGAUAAAGACAUCAAAGAUAAAUAUAUUAAAGAUAGAGAUAUUAAAGAUAAAGAUAUUAAAGAUAGAGAUAUUAAAGAUAAAUAUAUUAAAGAUAAAGAAAUUAAAGAUAAAGACAUUAAAGAUAAAGACAUUAAAGAUAAAGACAUUAAAGAUAAAGAUAUUAAAGAUAAAGAUAUUAAAGAGGUAUCAGAAGGAAAAAUAGAGUCUGAAAAUCGUUUACCUCGAGUUUUACUCUGACGACAGUGUUUUUGUGGCUCAACAGGCCAAAGUUUUAGAGACCUAGAAGAAAACAGUUUAUUUCCUCCUCCUUUAUUUGACACAUAGAGCAGGAUAAGUUACUUUAUCAUAACUCAUAAUUUACCUCUUCAGUUUCUUCUCCCACAAAAUAAUGAAUCUGGCGAACGUCGUUACCAAACACUUCACUGCUGCUGCUGCUGCUGUCAUCGUUGUUGUUGCUGUCGUUGUUGUUGCUGUCGUUGUUGUUGCUGUCGUUGUUGUUGUCGAUGUCGUCAUCGUCAUUGUUGUUGUCAUUGUCGUUGUUGUUGUUGUUGUUGUUGUUGUUGUUGUUGUUGUUGUUGCUGUCGUUGUUGUUGUUGUCGUCGUUGUUGUUGUCAUUGUCGUUGUUGUCGUUGUUGUUGUUGUCGUUGUCGUUGUUGUCGUUGUUGUUGUUGUCGUCGUUGUCGUCGUUGUCGUCGUCCUGCCGUCCUCUGAAACCUCCGUCCUGCUGGGACUGAACCUUCAAACAUGUCGAAGCGCUCCUGACUCCGGGGUCAGUUUGUGUCUCUAAGGUUGAAGUGGGUUGUCGUUGUUGUUGUUGUUGUCGUUGUUGUCGUUGUUGUUGUUGUUGUUGUCGUUGUUGUUGUCGUUGUUGUUGUUGUCGUUGUUGUCGUCCUGCCGUCCUCUGAAACCUCCGUCCUGCUGGGACUGAACCUUCAAACAUGUCGAAGCGCUCCUGACUCCGGGGUUGUUGUUGUUGUUGUCGUUGUCGUUGUCGUUGUCGUUGUUGUUGUUGUCGUUGUUGUUGUUGUCGUUGUCGUCCUGCCGUCCUCUGAAACCUCCGUCCUGCUGGGACUGAACCUUCAAACAUGUCGAAGCGCUCCUGACUCCGGGGUUGUUGUUGUCGUUGUUGUUGUCAUUGUCGUUGUUGUUGUUGUCAUUGUCGUUGUUGUCGUUAUUGUUGUUGUCGUCGUUGUCGUUGUCGUCCUUCCGUCCUCUGAAACCUCCGUCCUGCUGGGACUGAACCUUCAAACAUGUCGAAGCGCUCCUGACUCCGGGGUUGUUGUUGUUGUUGUUGUUGUUGUUGUUGUUGUUGUUGUUGUUGUUGUUGUUGUUGUUGUUGUUGUUGUUGUUGUUGUUGUUGUCGUCGUUGUUGUUGUUGUUGUUGUUGUUGUUGUUGUUGUUGUUGUUGUUGUUGUUGUCGUUGUUGUUGUUGUUGUUGUUGUUGUUGUUGUUGUCGUCGUCGUUGUUGUCGUUGUUGUCCUGCCGUCCUCUGAAACCUCCGUCCUGCUGGGACUGAACCUUCAAACAUGUCGAAGCGCUCCUGACUCCGGGGUUGUUGUUGUUGUCGUUGUUGUUGUUGUUGUCGUCGUUGUCGUCCUGCCGUCCUCUGAAACCUCCGUCCUGCUGGGACUGAACCUUCAAACAUGUCGAAGCGCUCCUGACUCCGGGGUUGUUGUUGUUGUUGUUGUUUGUUGUUGUUGUCGUUGUUGUUGUCGUCGUUGUUGUCGUUGUUGUUGUUGUCGUUGUCGUUGUCGUUGUUGUUGUUGUUGUUGUUGUCGUUGUUGUUGUUGUUGUUGUUGUUGUUGUUGUUGUUGUCGUUGUCGUUGUCGUCCUGCCGUCCUCUGAAACCUCGGUCCUGCUGUGACUGAACCUUCAAACAUGUCGAAGCGCUCGUGACUCCGGGGUUGUUGUUGUUGUUGUUGUUGUUGUCGUCGUUGUCGUUGUCGUUGUCGUCGUUGUCGUCCUGCCGUCCUCUGAAACCUCCGUCCUGCUGGGACUGAACCUUCAAACAUGUCGAGGCGCUCCUGACUCCGGGGUUGUUGUUGUUGUUGUUGUUGUCUUUGUCGUUGUUGUUGUUGUCGUCAUUGUUGUUGUUGUUGUUGUUGUUGUUGUUGUUGUUGUCGUUGUUGUUGUUGUUGUUGUCUUUGUCGUUGUUGUUGUUGUCGUCAUUGUCAUUGUUGUUGUUGUUGUUGUUGUUGUCGUUGUCGUUGUUGUUGUUGUCGUUGUUGUUGUCGUUGUUGUCCUGCCGUCCUCUGAAACCUCCGUCCUGCUGGGACUGAACCUUCAAACAUGUCGAAGCGCUCCUGACUCCGGGGUUGUUGUUGUUGUUGUUGUUGUUGUUGUUGUUGUUGUUGUCGUUGUCGUCGUUGUCGUUGUCGUUGUCGUUGUUGUCGUCCUGCCGUCCUCUGAAACCUCCGUCCUGCUGGGACUGAACCUUCAAACAUGUCGAAGCGCUCCUGACUCCGGGGUUGUUGUUGUUGUUAUUGUUGUUGUUGUUGUUGUUGUUGUUGUUGUCGUUGUCGUCGUCGUUGUUGUUGUUGUCGUUGUCGUUGUCGUUGUUGUCGUCGUUGUCGUCCUGCCGUCCUCUGAAACCUCCGUCCUGCUGGGACUGAACCUUCAAACAUGUCGAAGCGCUCGUGACUCCGGGGUUGUUGUUGUUGUUGUUGUUGUUGUCGUUGUUGUUGUUGUUGUUGUUGUUGUUGUCGUUGUCGUCGUCGUUGUCGUCCUGCCGUCCUCUGAAACCUCCGUCCUGCUGGGACUGAACCUUCAAACAUGUCGAAGCGCUCCUGACUCCGGGGUCAGUUUGUGUCUCUAAGGUUGAAGUGGGUUGUCGUUGUUGUUGUUGUUGUCGUUGUUGUCGUUGUCGUUGUCGUUGUUGUUGUUGUCGUUGUUGUUGUUGUUGUUGUUGUUGUUGUUGUUGUUGUUGUUGUUGUUGUCUUUGUUGUCGUUGUCGUCGUCGUUGUCGUCGUUGUUGUUGUCGUCGUGUGGUCCUGCCGUCCUCUGAAACCUCCGUCCUGCUGGGACUGAACCUUCAAACAUGUCGAAGCGCUCCUGACUCCGGGGUUGUUGUCGUUGUUGUUGUUGUUGUCGUUGUUGUUGUCGUUGUUGUUGCUGUCGUCGUUGUCGUCGUCCUGCCGUCCUCUGAAACCUCCGUCCUGCUGGGACUGAACCUUCAAACAUGUCGAGGCGCUCGUGACUCCGGGGUCAGUUUGUGUCUCUAAGGUUGAAGUGGGUUGGAGAGUUUUAUGAUUAUAGACUUCACUGUGUGUUUAAGGCCGGCUCAUUUGUGAUCUGAGGUUACAGCUGCCCCUCCGUAAAAACAGACCAAAUGCUGCAGUUUGACCUUUUUUCAACUAUUAUAAAGUCAUCUACUGCAAAGUCUCUUUUCUCUGUAUCCGGAGCAUCUGUAAAAUAUCUUUUCAUGACCAGCAAUAAAAACUGAUCGAUCACUUUUAUCAUCUCAAGCUCUUUGGUUCUGAUCAGUGAAUCUAUUAAUAUUAAUAAAAACACUCUUUAAAGGAGAGCGAGUCUGUAAAUAAGAAAAGCUGAACUUCAUAAUUCAUUUAAGUUGAAGGAGGGUUAGUUUUCUUUACCCCUCCGUUCAGGUUGUAGCUAUAAAAACUCAUCUUUUUCUUCAUCGUUCCUCUUUCUAAACUCGGACAGAUCCUUAUUAACUUUGGCACACAGCAGUGUUAUCAUUUGCGGCGCUUUUUCAUUUAUUCAUUCCAAACAGAUGAGUCAAGUGUCUCAGUUUAUCUCUAUUUCAUUCCCUCGUCCACCCUCUGCUCAUUCAUGCCACAGAACAAGGAAACAUGUUUUUCUUACCCGCCGUUUCUCUGCAUGGUUUGCUCAAUUGUGAAACUUCACUGCACAGCCUGGAGGAGAGCCUUUGAGCACGCGAACCGGACCCUCCGGGGGAUUCAACAACUGGUUCUGGUCCUUCUUUGUGGGGAACCCAAACAACAGGAACAGGGUUUUAUUUUGAGCUUCUGUCCAAAUGAACAUUUACUUUAAAAAAGUCAUCAGUGGAUUGUCAUCCUCGAUAUGUUCCUAAGAGAUCCCUCAGGUCUAUACUUUACCCUCGACUCUGCUCCUGCUGCUGUUUUAUUGAUGAACGAGAUCCCGGGUAAAUUAUAGAUGCGCUCUGUGAUUUCGUAACAAGGAAAGUAUGCCGUGCUCUUCUUGGGACAGUUUCCUUCUCAUUUAAAGUAAGAACAGUCGACACGGUUACUUUUGCACACACACACACCCUAAAACAAACAUUCAUAAUCAUAAUAAUAAUAAUCAUAAUAAUAAUAAUAAUAAAUACAAUCAGGCCGAGACGCUCAGGCAGAAGAACAUCUGCAGUACACAGAUACACAAGAACCCUGAUUGUAUUUAAGUCAUGAUCUGAACUACGUAGCACUCUGUGAUCGACUCGUCAGGGCUCCCCCACGUACAUGUCCAGUUCAGUGUAACCUUCUAGCUGGCCUCGGUGUCGCAGACUCGAGAUCUGAUUGGCUGUUGCAGCUGACUGUGUCUGUUCACUUAAAGCUUACAGGAGCGGCUCCGUUGAUUCUGGAGACAACACAAGCUCGCUGAAAUAUGAUUGGAUAAGAAAUUCUAUCAUAAUAUACAACACUAGAAGCUGCUCAACUGAGUGGCUAUAAUAUAUAAUAUAAUAAUAUAUAUUAUUUACAUGUUAAUGAAAUUACUUUUCUGAGUAUAUUUAGACCAGCAGAGAAGACCUUACUGACCCUGAGGCCCCCCACUGAUACGGCUGUGAUAUUACAGGGAUGAAGAUUAUAGACCAUCACAGUGUUGGUGUUUGUAUCAGGGUAACUUUGCUGUAUCAUUAAACCAUCAGAGUGAAAAAAUAACAAGUAUGACAGGACAUGUUUGGGUCAUACCUGCUGCCAUGUGUGUUAUUAAUAACGUGUGUGUUCGACAACAUGCACCAAGGAAGACCACCUGGCUUCUUAAUGUGGGACCGAUGUUCCUUCAGGGCUGUGUGUGUGUGUGUGCGUGUGUGUGUGUGUGUGUGUGUGUGUGUGUAUGUGUGUGUGUGUGUUAAACAGACCUAUGAUAAUACAGUCCCUCUCUCUCUCUCUGUCCGUCUUCUGUUUUCUGCAGGUGGUUCUCGACCACAUGAGGAGGAAGUGUAAGUGUCACGGGACGUCGGGGAGCUGCCAGCUGAAGACCUGCUGGCAGGUCACCCCAGAGUUCAGAGUGGUGGGUUCGAUCCUCAAAGAGCGCUUCCACAUCGCCACACUUAUCAAGGCUCACAACCGAAACACCGGACAGCUCGACCACUCCCACCACAGCAACUACCACAACAAUCACAACCACCAUCACCACCACCACCACCACCACCACCAUCAGAACAAUCCCCACAACAACCACCACCACCACCACUCACACAGACGGCGGCCCAGCAUCAACGAACUGGUCUACUUCGAAAAGUCCCCGGAUUUCUGUGAGCGGGACCUGGGCUCGGACUCGGCCGGCACCCAGGGCAGGAUCUGCAACAAGACCAGCCCUGGCAUGGACAACUGUGAGAGUCUGUGCUGUGGGAGGGGCCACAACAUCCUGCAGCAGACACGGAGCGAACGCUGCAACUGCAAGUUUCACUGGUGCUGCUACGUGGUGUGUGAAGAGUGCCGGAUAACAGAGUGGGUCAGUGUCUGUAAAUGAAGAAGCACACUCAGAGACCACAUGAAUAAAAAGACAGAAAGACAAACACGUUUUUAAAUCAAGAUUUUUAAGUUGGAGGGGAGUGUGACUGUAAUACAUACGCCCCAAACCGCUGUUCUCCAUGAGUGUGAAGCAGUCAAACCUGCAGAGACAUAGACGUGCACGGAUGAAUGUGUGUGCACGUACAGCAUUUGUCUGCCAUAGGUCAAAGAGCAGGGAUGUUUCAUGUUUAAUGCCCUCCAAACGGAAAAAGGAACAAAGUUAUAAGAGAUAUCUGAAGCUCUCUGUAGGACAUUUGGGCUCUGAACGUACCGAGCUGUUGUUGUUGUUUCAUCUGCACAUGUGACACGACAGACGGCUGCAUGUCAUUCAGGUGAGCGAAGAGGAAGCUGAGGGUGAGGAGAAGACUGCAUGCAGAGAGGAAGAUGGUUGCUUUAAAGCAAGAGUAAUUUAUAAAUGGAGAAGACUGAUGCCUCUCAUGAACCUCUGUGGAAACAUCUCUCUUUCAUAUCAUCCAUCAUCAGAUCCACUUUUGUCUUCACAUGAACUUCAGUGUCUUCCAGCACAAGUGCAGUCAUGUUCAACAGUCGAGGUGCAACGGAUCACGGCUUAGACUGACCCCAUGAUCUGGACGAUGCAGGAUCCAAUAAUCAAUAGAAAAAAUAUUGGUAACAUGUUCUGACUGGCUUUGAUUUUUCCUUUCAAACUAAUACGAGCAUGAGAAAGACGCCUGUCUGAGCCCAGGUCCUGCUCACAGCCCACCCACGUGUGUGUGAGCUCUGGAUGUGAGUAAGGAGAGGAGGGACGCAGGCUUCAGUGUUUUAAUAAUAAAUACAUAAAAAUAAUCAGAGUAAAUGAGGGGAGGUCUUCAACAACAACAACAACACACCAGCAGAACACACCAGAAAACACAUUAUAGCACAUGUGGCACCAGCGAAGCAAACGCUCCAAAGUUUUUAUGUUCAUGUUGAAGAAGCAGACCUGAGAAAUUUCACUGACAGCAGCAAACGGAGCCGCUGGACUCAGACGACGUCCCCGAACAUCUGAAGACACAACUGAGACCGAGUCGUGUGAGCCCAGCAGAACUUUACAUGAACACAUAAUGACUGAUCAUCCAACUGAUCUGUCAUCUGGGUCACCUGCUAUGAGAGGUAUAAAUAGUUCUUAUAAAGUUCCUAUGCCUGUUGUUAAAUAAUCUCCAACUGUCUUUAAAGUUAGAUCCAUACAGGCCUGUCGAGGGUCAAAGUCUCUUCUGAUCCAUCUGGAAACAGAACCACACUAUGUCUCCGUGAUCCGAUGCACCUCUUUCCAA